CCACAACAUACACAGCGCGUUUCUUCGGCCAAUCACGGCUGCCGAGGGGCGGAGUCUCCGUCCCGUUGCGCCGUUGCGUUGUGACGACGUCACCACGGAGGUUAUAAAUCCGUGUGGAGACCACACGACUUCCAUCGCACAGAGAGGAGGACGUUCGUGUUUAUAUCUGACUCCGUGUUUACCGAGCGAUGCUGUGGACGGCUCUCCAUCAGCGCUCUUGAGAGAUGAUGCAUCGGAGCAGCCGCAGCCCCCCGUCCGCCUCCAGCCUGGCUCCGGGAGACCCCCUGGACCUCAGCCUCUCGGGCUCCCAGCUCUCCGUGUCCAGACGGCCCGGCAGUGCCGUCGCUGCGGGGAAGGCCUUCACCCGCUCCGUCUCCGUGGCCGCGGACAGCAAGGGGAAACGCAACACGCUGAGUGAUGCUAGCCUUGGAGGCCCGCGCUCCAUCAAGAACCUGCGGCGGUCCAACAGCACAACGCAGGUCAACCAGCAGGCCAACAUCAGCUUAAGCGAGGAGCCCCGAGACGACUUCUUGGCCGUGUUCGACAGCAGCUCAGACGGACGCAGGAAGCUGGCCAGCCUCAGCAAGGCCUCGCCAGACAGGACCACAUGGAACAUACUGGACGACCAGCCCCGAGCGCCGCCCCUGGCGGGCAGCGUCCGCAGCGCGGGCAGCGUGGACUCCCAGACGGGGAGGAGGAGGGACACGGGCCGCACCCUGGCUGCCAACUUCACCGCCAACAACAGGAGUAACAAAGGCGCGGUGGGCAACUCCGUCACCACCAUCCUGCACAACAACUACUCUGAGAAGCCCCUCACCCCAAAGAGCUCCAAUCAGAGGCCCACCUUCAAUAACCUGCUCAAGGCCACGGGGAACGACGAGGCGUCUCUGGAGCACGGCUCCGUCACCAAGUCCCAGAAGAACUUCGCCUCGGCCGCGCCCCCCGGCGCCAGCUCCCGGCCCCCCCCCAGCGCCGCCUCGCCCACAGGGGGGGGCGCCCCCCAGGGCAGCCCCGCCCCCGCCCGGAGGACGGAGGUCACGGAGCAGGAGGCGGAGAGGUUCAUCCAGCAGGUGAACCAGGCGGUGGUCACCAUCCAGCGCUGGUACCGUCACCACGCCGCGCGGGGCCGCAGGGGCCAGGCCGCCCUCAGGAGGCUGCUGGCCGCCAGGAAGGAGCGAGCGGAGCAGGAGCGAAGCCCGGAGGCCCAGCAGCAGCAGAGGAGGAGGAGGGAGGAGGAGAGGAGGCGCGUCCGUGAGGAGAAGGCCCGCCUGGCCCGCCUCUCCGCCAUACAGGAGCUGCAGCAGAAGCGGGCCCAGCAGGCGGCCGACGCCCAGGCGUCCCUGGACCAGGACCUGGAGGGGCUCCGGGGGGGCGGCCGAGGGGGCCGCAAGCAGCCCGCCCAGACCCUCCUCGCCAACAACAGCCCCGCCCCCACGGCCCAGAAGGACCGUCCCUCGCCCACGGACCUGAAGGCCAGGCCCACAGACUCCAUCUGCAACGCGGUGGACGACAUCUGUGAGGUCACCAGCUUCAGGGCCGCCUCCCCGGCGCCGUCCAAUCGCAGGGGCUCCCAGUGUUCCCAGGACAUCCUGCAGCGGUCUGUGAGCGUGGAGGACCAGCGGCUGGCCCCGCCCUCCUGCCACGCCCAGUCAAGCCACGCCCAGUCGAGCCACGCCCAGUCCAAGACCACCCUGAACGACCUGCUGGACACCCUGAAGCUGUUGGAGGAGGAGCCGGAGAAGCUGUCGGAGCCCGGGAAGGGCUUCUCUCGGGACAAGUACGCCUGGAUCGACGAGGACGGGGACUCCACCUCGCUGACCACGGACAACCUGGAGCGCCACGGCCAGAUGACCCACAAUGCAGCGCUGCCGGGCGGCGGCGCCCUGCUGUCGGAGGCCAAGCUGCAGAGCAUCAUGAGCUUCCUGGACGAGAUGGAGCAGUCCGAGCAGGAGCGGCCUCGCUCCGGGACCUCUGGGUCCCACCGGGAGAUGGGCGUGUCGGAGGAGGAGCUGGCCGGCCUAGAGCACGUCUCCGCCACCGCUGCUGAGGUCACGACCUCCGUGAUGAGGCUGAAGCUGGACCUCGCAGAGAAGAGACGGACCGUCAACAUGCUGCAGGCGGCGCUGGCCCAGCAGAGGGAGCUGACGGUGCGCCACGUCAAGGAGACGGAGAAGGAGCUCAACAGAAACUUCCAGCUGCAGCGGGAACAGUACGAGGCGGCCAUUCAGAGACACCUGGCGUUCAUUGAUCAGCUGAUCGACGAUAAGAAGGCCCUGGGCGAGCGGUGCGAGGCACUGGUGGCCGAGCUGCAGCAGGUGGACCAGAAGUACACCAAGAAGAUCUCCCAGAUGGAGGAGCAGCACCAGCUGGUGUGGCAAAUUCUGGGUCCCUUGUGUGAGGAGAUCAAGAAGCUGAAGGAGCUGAUGAGCGCCACGGAGAAGGUGCGUCGGGAGAAGUGGAUCGACGAGAAGACCAAGAAGAUCAAAGAGAUCACCGUCAAAGGCCUGGAGCCGGAGAUCCAGAAGCUGAUCUCCAAACACAAGCAGGAGCUGCAGCGGCUGCGGCUGGCCCACGACGGGGAGCUGCAGACGUCGGACGCGCGCGCCGCUCAGCGCUACGUCCGCCAGGGCGAGGAGCUGCGGCAGCAGCUGGAGAGGGACAAGGACGAGCAGUGUCAGCGGGAGAAGGAGACGGCCAAGCAGAGGUAUGAGCAGCAGCUCCAGGAGGAAGAGAUGUCCUUGCAGCAGCAGAGGAGGCGUCUCUACAAGGAGGUGUCCGAGGAGAAGGAGAGGCUGGGCCAGCUGGCCGCUCGGCAGCGGGCGGAGCUGGAGGAUCUGCGGCGGACGCUGGAGGACAACAGCUCCCUGGCGUGCCACGCCCUCCGGGAGGAGCUGGAGAGGAGCCGGGAGGAGCAGGAGAGGAGGCACCAGGUGGAGAUGAAGUCUUUGAAAGAACGGAUGGAGAUCGAAAAGCAGACUUGGGAGGAGAACUACAUGAAGAAAGAGGAGGCGUGGCUGCUGGGCCGGGAGCGGGAGCUGAAGGAGGAGGUGAGGCGCGGCCGCGACCAGGAGAUAGAGCUCGCCAUCAGGAGGCUGGAGGAGGAGGGCAGCGGCGCCCGCGGCGAGAGCGAGAGGGCGGCCGAGAACAGGGUGAAGCGGGUGCGGGAGCAGUACGAGGUGGAGCUGCGGGAGCUGGAGCAGUCUGAGCGGGCGGCGGUGGAGAAGCAGCAGCAGCUCAGGAGGCUUCAGACGGAGACGGAGGCGGAGCUCCAGCGGCUGCAGGCCCGUCUGCAGCAGAGGGACCAGGAGAUGGAGGACCUGGUGCAGAGCCGGGACAAGCUGUCGGCGGAGCGGCGAGGCCUGGCCGAGGUCAUCCGGACAGAGUUCGCAGAGCGGCUGGUGGCCACGGAGGAGGAGAACCGCCGCAUGAAGGUGGAGGUGGCGGAGGCGCGCGCCCGGCUGCGGCUGGAGGUGGAGCGCGUCAGCAGGGAGAAGGAGGCGGAGCUGGCCGAGGUCCACCAGAGAGUGAAGUCGGCCAUCUUGAAGAAAGAAGAGACUGUGAGUAGCCUUCGGAAGCAGCAUGAGGCCGCUUUGAAGAGGGCGGAACACUUGGAGGCCCUGUGGGAACAACAGAGGAAACAGCUGUCAGAUAAAUAGCCCCCCCCACUGCUGACCCCCCUGCCCCACUCGUACCAAGACUUCUGGAUUCCUCCGCAGUGGAUGGGGUUGUGUUGGUGGAACCCAAACAGGCUGAAACAAGAAGGCCCCAGAGAAGAGACUGACGCCGUACGAUAUACCUCAAGUUAUACACGACAGGCAAAGGGUGUGUGUGUGUGUGUGUGUGUGUGUGUGUGUGUGUGUGUGUGUGUGUGUGUGUGUGUGUGUGUGU